AUUUUUUGUCAUUCGCAGGACCGUUUACGCGACUCCUGGUGACACUCGCUCCACUUUGCUGAUUCGCUCUUGUCGCUCGUAUGUACGUAUACAUUAAUUAUAUUCAUCCUGUCCCUAAUUUCGCGUGACACGCAACAACAUUAACACGAGACCCAAAUAGACGUUUCGAAUUUACCCCGAGUCCACGCGUGACCUGACAUUACAUUGAUAAACUUCUCGUGGACGUAUCAGUCGCUCGGUGCGAAUGGAUUGUAACGUAACGCGAGCAACGCAUACGUGAGCUAGAGAGUUGGAGGAAUUGAAAUUUCCACGCGUAAAUACGCAACGCGUUUCCCGUUGCCCGUCGUCGUGUCCUUCGCGGUCAUCGUAUCGCGGGUCGCGAGCCGCGCCGAGUCCACCACGAGGCGUAAUCGCGAAAGCCGAACGAGAGGCAUAUUGGCCAUCUUGGAAGACAUGUCGCUCUGGAAUAAACGUCAACGGCACGGAAUGUUUACCGUGUACACAUAGAUGUUGGCGCCAGCCUGUUAUAGUCACAAUAAUCACGUUUGCGGUUGAUCACCGAACGUCGACGACGACGACGCCAACGACGACGACGACGACGACGAGGACGAGGGGCAUCACGUCGCAUCACGGCGGUGGUGACACGGUGGCGUAUCUGGCGACACGCGGACGUAUCUCCGAGCAGCCCGUCCUAGUACCUGCAUCGCACGAUGAAUCGCGGUGACGGGCUGGUGCAGCGACGACGCGUGGUCAAUAGCAGCAGCGGUGGAAGCGGCGGUGGGGGCAGCGGACUCGGCCAGGAUGGCGCGAACGCGGACUUCACCGGUCACAACGACAAAUUGUCCGGCCAGAGCCCGGACACGGAUUGCUCGUCCCAGAAGGAUCUCAAUUGUAAUCCCACCAUCGACGAGGACUCGGAUAAGGAGACGCGUCUGACCCUUAUGGAGGAGGUCUUGCUGCUCGGUUUGAAGGACAAAGAGGGAUACACUUCCUUUUGGAACGAUUGCAUAAGUUCGGGACUGAGAGGUUGUAUCUUGGCGGAACUUGGCUUUCGGGGUAGGGUAGAAUUGGAAAAAGCUGGUAUGCGUAAGAAGAGCCUACUAGCGAGAAAACUUCUCUUGAAAAACGAUGCACCUACGGGAGACGUGUUGUUGGACGAGGCCCUGAAACACUUGAGAGACACAGAUCCACCUGAGACUGUGCCCAGCUGGAUAGAGUAUCUUAGCGGGGAAACAUGGAAUCCCUUAAAAUUAAGAUAUCAAUUGAAAAAUGUCAGAGAACGACUAGCGAAAAAUCUUGUUGAAAAAGGUGUCUUAACUACAGAGAAACAAAAUUUCUUACUGUUUGAUAUGACAACUCAUCCCCUUACCGAUAAUCUUGCCAAAAGUCGUCUCGUAAAAAAGAUCCAAGAAGCUGUGUUAGGUCGUUGGGUGAAUGACGCCGCUCGUAUGGAUAGACGAACGUUAGCAUUAGUUAUUUUAGCUCAUGCAGCUGAUGUAUUAGAAAAUGCAUUUGCGCCAUUGUCGGACGAUGAUUAUGAAGUAGCGAUGCGAAGAGUACGGACAUUAUUAGACCUCGAUUUCGAAGCGGAAGCCACUAAACGUAACGCGAAUCCAGUACUUUGGGCUGUAUUUGCUGCAUUCACUAAGUAACAUUUAUCUCGUAAAUUAUAUGGAAUAAAUAUCGAAUACUAGUGUGAAUAAUACGAUUACAAAUUUUGCAUGUCUUUUAGUUCUAAUUCAAAAAAAAAAAAAAGAUCAUUCAGACCAAAUUACGUGUAUUCAAACUACAUAGAAGACCAUUCUUUUUAGAAGAUUACAGUCAUUUCCAUUUAUUGUUAUUUAAUACAUUUGAUAUAGUUAAAUAACAAAUGUUCAUAUUUAAAUAUUAUGAAGUAACAAGUCCAAAAGUGUGAAUGUAUGUUUUGUGCUCGAUAAUGCUAUUUCCAUUUGGAGAGAAACAGUUACAUUGUGCUGAAGUUUAUUCUAUGCUUUUUGCUUAGUGUCCAUCAAAUAUGUCGGUUUCUAAACACAAUGUGAGAUCGGGACACUAUGC